AUGCUACCAAGACUUGAAAGCUUUUACAAACUCUUCUUGCUACCAGAACUAGCUGCCCCUAGAUAUGGUACUUACACUGGCAUAAGGAAGCCAAAAGCACCAUGGUUCAAUGUUCAUCAAGAAUCUACAGCCUGUAGUACAGCUGGCAGUAAUGUUACUCACACAAGAGAGAACUUACAGACCAACUCCAGCAAGAACAGCACAAUUACAUGUAGUACUACUACUACUAGUAGCACUUCAGACAGUUUCAGGAAUGAGGAAAAGAAACAACCUCCUGAAACAACCAACAACCUUCAAGUAUCAAAGGAUGACAAAUGUAAAGGCAGGGCCAGACGGAAAAAAGCAGUGAAGUUUGUUGGUAGAGAAAUUAUACAUCUAUGGACAGGUGUAGUAUUUCCAUGUAUGCAAACGUUGCUGUCUUAUUGGAUACCUCCGUUGCAGAGAAGUGCAUCCUUCAGUUUUGUCUACACUGGUUCUCUUGGUGUAGUAUGGUGUUUGGUUUGGUUUUAUCUCGUGUUUGACUCGCCAGUGUUACAUCCAAGGAUCUCUGUGAAGGAAAGAGAAUACAUUGUAGACAAACUUAAAUCUGACAUAGAUAUAAGGAAGAAGUCUUCGAGUACGCCAUGGUCAAAACUAUUUACAUCACUACCUGUGUGGGCAAUCAUUGUGUCAGAAACAUGUGCCGAAUGGGGAACAUACACCUUUCUGACCAACAUACCGACCUAUAUGGAAACUGUUCUAAAGUUAGAUAGCAAAAAGGCCGGAUAUCUUGCUUCACUGCCGUACCUUGGAUUUUGGGUCGUAUCUAACCUGUCUGGUCAUCUCGCCGACUUCCUUCGAAAACGAAUCAUUUCUCCUACAACAGCAAGGAAAGUUUUUAACAGUAUAGGCAACAUCGCACCUGCUAUUUUCAUUGUUAUCAUGGGAAAUGUUGCUGACAAACCAGAUAUUGCCGUGGUCAUGCUGACUCUGGCAAUGGCUACGGCCGGAUGCCAGUAUGGUAGUGGAUUCAAGGUGAAUCCUGUCGACAUUGCACCAAGAUACGCUGGUAUUAUUCUAGGGAUUGCUAACGCCACCGGUUCGCUUGCUGGUUUCUUUGCACCAUUGACACUUGGAAUUAUUACAGUAGAUAACACUGUUGAGCAAUGGAAAACAGUAUUUUAUAUUGCAGCAUCCGCAUACACACUCGGGACAAUAUUUUAUGUCAUAUUUGUGUCGGGUGAAUUACAGCCUUGGGCUCGGACUGAGGACGAUAUCCAUGAAAUUGUUGUAAUGGAAAGAAACGCAAAGCUAGAAGAAAAAAUGUUGAUGAUGAAAUAA